AUGUCCAACAGCAAUGAGAGCAAUGAAACAGAUGGGCCUGACCUUUCUUGUUUUGAUGUCUUUAGUGAUCCUCGAUACACAGCACUGGCCGUGAUGAACAUUGUAUUCUCCAUAUCCUCUAUCUUGUGUCUGCUAGUGGCAAUAUCAAUCAUUGUCCUCUUUAAGAAAUAUGUGCACUUCAGUCAAAAGCUCAUCCUUUAUCUCUGUAUUGCAAGUCUUUUCUAUGCAGUCUCUAAUUGCUUCAACGUGACGCCUCCUGAUGUAGCGACUAAUACAGCAUCAAGGGGCUACUGUGUUGUGAUGGGGUUUCUUGAUCAGACUGUGUACUGGUGGAUGAUAAAUUGUGUUGCAAUCAUCAUGAUUGAUGUAUUCAUUCGUGUUGCAUUUGAGAGAGACACACAAAAGUACAAAAUACCAUACAUCAUUGGGAUACUAGUUCCUCCACUAGUAAUCUCAUGGAUACCAUUCCUUUAUUUAUCAUACGGCCCGGCUGGCAUCUUCUGCUGGAUAAGAAAUAAAAAUUACGAGGAUUGUUCUACAUUUGAUAUUGGGAACUACUUCAGAUUCUCCGUGUACUACAUACCCUUUUACUUCCUUAUGCUGGUCCUAGCAGUCCUUCUGGCCCUCUCCUUGUGUAUAGCACGUAGGAAGAGAAAGCAAUGGAUAACAGGAAACUUGGGGAAAGAGACAAAAGAGCUGCAAAAGAAAAUAGCAUCUGAGAUACGUCCCCUGUUAGGGUAUCCCAUCCUAUUCAUGAUCAUAAGCAUAUUCCCACUCAUCUCAAGGAUAUAUGAUGCCACAGAACCAGACGAGGGUGACGUCUUCUAUUACAUUUUAUUUGUAUUGCUGGUGACAUUUUAUCGCUUGAUUGGUGUCACUGUGUCCCUCAUAUUUGUCCUCGAUCAAGAAACAAGGAAGCACCUUAAUAAGAAAGAAAUCAGAGCAGCUUACAUGAGAUGGCGCGGGCUAGAAAAAAGGCAUGUCACCUCAUACAAAUUCAAAGUAGGCCAAAGUGACUCUUUCAUUGACAAAAGCACUGCCAUGACAGAGGAAAAUAAACAAUAA